AUGAACAUUACUGAUUCAUUAACACGUCGAACAUCUGGAUUUGAAACAAUAAAAGAUUAUGAUAUUGCACUUUAUCGACUUAAAUGUCAUCGUGAUAAUAUUUAUCAUGGAAUAACUCCAAAUACUGAAGCUGCUGAUUUUAAUCCUAAAAUUCCUAAACCACCAGUAUUUGCUUGUAAAUUUUCAACAACUGAAAAAUAUGGACACAUACUUGCUCUUGCCAAUGAAGAUGGUAAAAUUGCUUUGCAAGACACAUCAACAAAAGGCUUACCAAAUCAAGCCCUUGAUGGACAUCAGGCACAUUGUAAUGCAAUAUUUGACGUAGCAUGGAUGCCAGGGGAGCUUAAACUUGUCACAGCAUCAGGUGAUCAAACAGCUAGACUUUGGGAUGUGUCAAAUUCAGAUUUUAAAGAAAUUGGCGUAUUUAGUUCUCACGAGAGAAGUGUCAAAACAGCUGUAUUUAGACCAGAGGAUAAAGCAGUUUUUGCAACUGGUGCUCGUGGUGGUGCAAUAAUGCUAUGGGACAUAAGAGUUGUUGCUCCAAAUGGUAAAAGAAAACCAUAUAAUUGCAUUGCAAAUGGACAUGUUUGUAAGUCUAUUGAUAGACAACGUGAUGGAUCUGAAGUACAAUCAAGAGCACAAAGUAUUACUGAUCUUAUUUUUCAAGAUGAUAUGACUUUGAUAUCUGGUGCUGCUGGAGAUGGUUUUAUUAAAGUAUGGGAUUUAAGAAAAAAUUAUAGUGUUCAUGAAAAAGAUCCAUUACCAAAGUAUACUAUGAAUUAUUCUGGUGGAAGUACUAGAAAUGGUUUUACAUCGUUAAUUGUUUGUCCAGCUGGAGCAACACUAUAUGCAAGUUGCAUGGAUAAUAUUAUUUAUGCAUAUAAUAUUUCAUCAUACAAUGAAAAACCAUUUGCCGCAUAUUAUGGUCAUGAAAAUUCAACGUUUUAUGUUAAAACAUGCCUGAGUUCUGAUGGUCGUUAUUUGGCAAGUGGUUCUAGUGAUGAAAACGCAUACAUUUGGAAAACAAAUAAACCUGGAUCACCUCUUGUACGUCUUGUCGGUCAUACCAAGGAAGUAACUUGUGUUGCAUGGUGCAGUGUUGGUGAAAUAAAAAUUGUCACCUGUUCUGAUGAUAGUACACAUAGAAUUUGGAAAAUUGGACCUGAACACGAGAAAAACGAUGAAUAGUUAUUAUUAUAUUAUAGUUUAAAUCAAAAAAUAAAUAAGUCAACAAAUGUAAAUAAAAUAAAAUAAAAACAAAGAAUUGAUUUAAACUCGUCCUGGAUAUAAUAUUAUGCUAAAAAAAAAAAUUGAAUGAGAAAUGCUGGAGAGUGAGUAAGGGUUUAUCUCAAGAGUAUUGCGUUUUUUUAUAAAGUCAGCAAGCCACCAACGACAACGGCCAGCCCUCUCCCCGCCCAAUGUUGAAAACAAAACGCCUUCAUUGAGUGAAAAAUUCAGUUCAAUCAAAUUCGCAUUAAAUGAGUUAUGUCGUGUGGUAUAGUAAUACUGAUGGUGUACCUUCUGUCUAAUCACGAAUCACUUGGCAAGCAUACACACAUAAUCGAUUGCUCGACCCCGUGCAAGAACACUUUUUUGUUUGUGGUCACUCUUCAGUUUGUUGAGCAUAUACACAACAAAAGAGAGAAUUUUUUCGCAAUAUCGAUAUUAAGACCUCUUUUACUCUAUUGUUAUCGUGCAUCAGGACCACUCGGCUAGACUUUUUUUUUUUUUUUUUCCUUUUCUUCGGGUUUGGAAAACCCUGGGAUCCCCAUUGUUUCUACCCUAUGACUUUAUGACCCUUCUGGGGACUUUGAAUUAAAUUUUUUUUUUUUUUUUUUCUUUUUUUUUUUUAUUACGUGUAUUUAUUUUUAUUUUUUUUCUCUGUAUUCCUGACACUAUAUUAAUCCUAGUUUUUAUUUAAAUUCUUCUUUAAAUAGUGCUUAUGGAGCUUCUUAUUUAUUUUAUUUUUAUUUUUUUAAAUACCAACUGGUUUAUGAUGACAUUUAAAAAUUAAAUCUAUGGUUAUUCAACUGUAUGUAUAUAGUUAAAUAAACAUAUUAAAAUU